CACACACAGAGAGAGAGAAAGAGAGCGCCACGAGCAAUGCAAUCCACACACACCAACCAUAAAAUAGCUACAUACACAAGUCAUGCCGGGGACUUGUUUGCGGGCUUCCCAACUCCAAACAGCCGCUUCCACCCCGCCACUGACGGCGAGAGAGUGCCCCCUCCCAUCUUCUCAAGUCGUGCCUUCCGUCGUGCCCUCCGUCGGUCGAGCAAGUCUGAUAUCUCCUCGCCGCUGAGGGUCUCGUUCUCCAGCAGAGCGUUGGCCAGCCGGUCCAGCUGACGACGAUUUUUCUUCAGAAUGCGCUCAGCCGUCCUGCAAAUGCACACAGAGAGACACAGAGGGAGAGAGAGGUGACACGGUGUGGAUGUCACCACUCUCUCUCUUGUCGUGACACUGACUGACUUUUUGGCGUCUUCGACGAGUCUCUUGACUUCCUGCUCGACCACUUUGUCGUGCGGGUCGAGGCCGGCAUGAGCCCUGCGGACCCCCCGGAUGCCGUAGUGCACGGGGCCAACCUUGUCGCUCAUGCCCCACUCCGACACCAUCUUGAUCGCCAUGCCUGUCGCCUGAUUGAUGAAUGCAAAAUGGAGCGAGAGAGGCCACACCAUAUGGACAUGCCAUGCACGUCUGUCUGGGUGGGGGGCGGGUGAGUGGACAUACCAUUUCGAAGUCAGAAGAUGCUCCCGUGGUGACGGCAUCCCUCCCAAAGACGAUCUCCUCUGCCACUCUGCCGGCCAUGGCGACGGCCAGUCUCGCCUCGCACUCUGACCUGCGGUAGUUGACCAAAUCCUCCUCGGGCAUCUGCUCCACGUACCCUGAUUAACCAACCGAUGGGAUGUCACGUCACACACGCACCAGACACGAGACACGUGCAUCCUUCUCCAGUCCAUCCAGUGUGCAGCCGUCUUGUGCAUCGCAUCAUACCGAGAGCUCCCCCUCUGGGCACGAUGGUUGCCUUGUGAAUGGGGUGUGCGUGUGGCUGCAGCUUGAAGGCCACCAGUGCGUGACCCGCCUCGUGGUACGCCGUCAAGCGCUUCUGGUUCUCCGUGAUGACUGCACACACAACACACACACACACACACACACAACAUAACACAACACAAUGAGAUCAAGAGGGGGGUGCCCGUGCCGGCUGGUGGGUCGUAGACGCCACGCACCCAUUGAUUUGCGUUGUGGUCCGAUGGAGAUCUUGUCCCGUGCGUUGAGAAGGUGUGUCAUGUUGACCACCUCGCUGCGAUCCCUCGCCGCCAGCAGCGCUCCCUCGUUGACCAAAUUCUCCAAAUCGGCCCCAGAGAAACCCACAGUCGCCUUGGCCACCGUGUGCAGGUUCAACUCGCUGCUAUUGUGCGGCACCUGAUGAGGUGAAAGACAGGAAGGCAUGGAUAAUAUGGAACAGCUGCUGUUGCUGGGCCACACGCUUUGUUUGGCCGGCAAUGCAUUCCAUUUACUUACCCGGUUCAUGUAUAUUUGGAGGAUUUGUUCGCGGCCCUUGAUGUCGGGCAGCGGCACAAAUAUAUGUCGGUCGAAGCGCCCCGGCCGCAGCAGGGCGGGAUCAAGGAUGUCCAGCCGAUUGGUUGCACCCAACACCACUAUGCCACGAGUGGAGUUGAACCCUACACACACAAGACAGACACAAGAGGCAGACACGCAUCGCAUCCAGAUCAGAUCAUGUGUGUGCUUGUGCUUCGCUGUUGUGUUUUUCUCUCACCGUCCAUUUCGGUGAGUAUCUGGUUGAGCGUUUGUGAGUACUCGCGGCCGCCCCCCGACAUCUCCGCCUCACGCCGGAAACCGAUGCUGUCGAUCUCGUCGAUAAACACAAUGCACGGCGCCUUCGACCUGACGAUGAACGAACACACGGACGCCCACGUGGGAUGGGCUGGUUGAAUGUGUUUGUUGCGUUACCGCACUCACCGCGCGUUGUUGAAGAGGUCUCUGACUCUCCUGGCGCCCUGCCCCACAUACAGCUCCACAAACUCAGACCCCGACGCCCACAGGAAGGGCGUGCCAGCCUCGUUGGCCACCGCACGAGCCUGACGUUCGCACGGUCACGGAUGGGUGGCCACCCAUGGCAUGGCAACAAGCACAUGUUGGUUGUUGAACGAGUGGAGUGGACAGAACGGCCAUAGUGGUGUGUGUUUUGUGUGUGUAGCUGAGCUGACCAGCUGUGUUUUGCCGGUGCCCGGUGGUCCGACCAGCAGGACGCCCUUGGGCAGCUUCGCGCCCAGCUUGGCGAACUUCAUGGGAUCUCGCAAAAACUCAACAACCUCGUGCAGCUCCUCCUUGGCCUCGUCAAUACCUGCAGACACACACAGAUUCUGCGGUUGAGUGCUUUCCAUGCCCGUGUCGCCGGUUACCGGCGAUGUCACUGAAUUUGACGCCCUGUGUGGUGGUGUUGGCCUUGAUGCCUGGGGCGGCGGGCAGAUACCGAUGGGGAGUGCCGCUCUGACCCGGGUCAUUUAUGUUCUUCGCAACCUGUCACACCACACCCAGUCAGUCACCCCGAGGCAGACAAAGGAGUCAAAUAAUGAUAUACCCGACACGACAGCACAGCAUCUGCCUGUCCUCUGUCUGUCUGUCUGUCCUUUGACCUUCAUGAAGAUCAUGGAGAUCAUGAAGGGGAAUAGGAGGAAUCCGAAGCAGGUGCCGAGGAGAAACAUGAGGAAGACCCCAAGCCAUAGCGGGAAGCUGCUCUCCUGUGCCGCACUCCCCUGCCGCUGACUGCUGGCAGACGCUGAUCUCCGUGCAGGGUGCGGGAUGAGCGGCCGCCGCUCCUGCUGCUGCUCCAUCGACGCUGGCAUGAUCUGUCUUGCAGCCACUUCGUUCACA